UUUCAAGCACGGUGGAUGGGUCACACCAGGCAGUUCAAAAGACCCGCCCCAGAGACAGCGGAGAACUUGCCCCCCUCGGCGCGCGCACUCCUUAGACGAAUCACUGCAGCGGGAAGCAGCUAUUUGAAUGUCCCCGCCCCCUCUGGAGGCCGCCCUGCCAUUGGCCCCGCCGCGCCCCGCCCUCCGUGGCCAGAGUUUCAAGUCCCGCGACCCCAGCACGGAGGGCGGAGACGGCGUGGACAUGGAGCUGGGGCUCGCGGGUCGUCGAGUGCUGGCAUCGGGCGCGGCACGGUUCAGGCGCUGCAUGCGGCGGGCGCGCGGGUGGUGGCUGUGAGCAGGACACAGGCCGACCUGGACAGCCUUGUCCGCGAGUGCCCUGGGAUAGAUCCUGUCUGUGUGGACCUGAGCGACUGGGAGGCCACGGAGCGGGCCCUAGGCAGCGUGGGCCCUGUGGACCUGUUGGUGAACAACGCAGCUGUGGCCCUGCUGCAGCCUUUCCUGGAUGUCACCAAGGAGGCCUUUGACAGAUCCUUUGAGGUGAACCUGAGAGCAGUCAUCCAGGUGUCUCAGAUCGUGGCCAGGGGCUUAAUAGCCCGGGGAGUCCCAGGGGCCAUCGUGAAUAUCUCCAGCCAGGCCUCCCAGAGGGCAAUAACUAACCACAGCAUCUACUGCUCCACCAAGGGUGCCCUGGACAUGCUGACCAAGGUGAUGGCCCUAGAGCUCGGGCCCCACAAGAUCCGAGUGAAUGCAGUAAACCCCACAGUGGUGAUGACGCCCAUGGGCCAGGCCAAUUGGAUGGACCCCCACAAGGCCAAGACUGUGCUCGACCGAAUCCCACUUGGCAAGUUUGCUGACUGUCCCGAUCAGCAUAACCAGAGCUGCCUGAGAACUGGGCCACCUCUCCUGGAAAUGCGGCCGAAAAUCAGCACAAGGGAGCCUCGUACACAGGCAUGUGAUCAUCCCAAGGGCUCAAUGUACUUGCUACUGCUUUGAACUGGGUCGGCUCCUUUGGGGGCUGAGGAGCUCAGCAAGCCCCUCUUGCCCCUGGG